CUCCUAAUCGACAGCUUAAAGGUCACUUCAAGCGGGCUCAAAGAUUUCUCUGCCAUUUAACUCGCGCGACGGAAGCUGAGGAUUCAGAAUGGAUGUCCUCCUUCCCAGUCGAUGGCGGGGCGCGGCCGCCAUUUUCCUGAUCAUUGCAGAAAUCGUGGUCUGCCAGGCUCUGAUACCAACAACUCUCGAUGGGCCCUUUAAGCCCUCGACUCGCAGCUUCGAUCCUUCGUUGCGCAGAGGCAGCGCCGACUUGCCGAUGGAUCACCCGAGGUUGAAGAAGAAUGUCAGCGGGAAUUUCCCCCAGCAGAUUGCUCUUGCUCUUUCUUCUUCCCCAACUUCAAUGUGGGUUUCUUGGGUCACCGGGGAUGCGCAGAUUGGUUCGAAUGUGAUUCCUCUGGAUCCGGCUUCUGUGGGGAGUGAGGUUUGGUACGGAAAGGAGAGCGGGAAAUAUACGGACAAAGUAAGAGGGAAUUCCAGCGUCUACAGUCAGUUGUAUCCGUUUGAGGGACUUUCAAAUUACACCUCAGGCAUCAUCCACCAUGUUAGAAUCGAUGGUCUUGAACCGGGGACAAAGUAUUUCUAUAAAUGUGGAGAUAGCUCCAUGCCAGCUAUGAGUGAUGAGCUAGUCCUUCAGACCAUGCCAUUGCCUGGUUCAACUUCAUAUCCUGCUCGAAUCGCAGUCAUUGGAGAUCUUGGCCUCACAAGCAAUUCAUCAUCGACCAUAGAUCAUUUGACGAGGAAUGAUCCAUCACUGAUUUUAAUGGUUGGAGAUUUGACUUACGCUAAUCAGUAUCUAACCACCGGAGGGAAAGGAGCUUCGUGCUACUCGUGUGCAUUCCCUGAUGCACCUAUUAGGGAGACUUAUCAGCCUCGCUGGGAUGGCUGGGGAAGGUUCAUGGAGCCACUGACUUCAAGAAUUCCCAUGAUGGUAAUCGAAGGAAACCAUGAGAUUGAACCUCAAGUUGCUGGCAUUACCUUCAAAUCAUACUUGACCAGAUUUGCAGUUCCAUCAGAGGAAUCUGGCUCUAACAGCAACUUUUACUACUCAUUUGAAGCUGGAGGCAUACAUUUCAUAAUGCUGGGGGCUUAUGUUGAUUACAAUAGUACUGGUGCUCAAUACACUUGGUUGCAGAGAGACUUGAACCAAGUAAACCGGAGCAAUACACCAUGGCUAGUUGCUGCUUGGCAUCCACCUUGGUACAACAGCUAUAACUCCCAUUACCAGGAAUUCGAGUGCAUGAGGCAGGAAAUGGAAGCACUUCUGUAUCAGUACCGCGUAGACAUCGUUUUUAAUGGUCAUGUGCAUGCUUAUGAACGAAUAAACAGGGUCUACAACUAUACAUUGGACUCUUGCGGCCCGGUCUACAUAACAGUUGGAGAUGGUGGGAACAUUGAGCAAGUAGACGUUGAUCAUGCAGAUGACCCUGGAAAAUGUCCCUCCCCUGGAGAUAAUAAACCAGAAUUCGGAGGCGUCUGUCACUUGAACUUCACUUCAGGUCCUGCCAAGGGGAAAUUCUGCUGGGACAGCCAACCAGAAUGGAGUGCAUUAAGAGAAAGCAGCUUUGGCCAUGGAAUCCUUGAGGUUGUGAAUUCUACAUAUGCAUUGUGGACGUGGCACAGAAACCAGGACAACUACAAGGAUGACAAGCUCGGGGAUCAAAUCUACAUCGUCCGACAGCCUGAGUUGUGCACGAACUCCUCAACUUCAAAAGGAAAUGACGCAACUGGGAAAGGAAGCUCAACAGCAAAUGGCGCCGCAGCUUUAUUGGCUAAAUGGAAGUGUUUCAUUUCUUUACCCUUCAUAUUAACGACCGUUAUGCAAUCGCAUAAAUAGCUUACAUAACAAAUCAUGAAAUUCAUAUGGUUGUGCUAGUAAUAGGGGUACGGUCCGGUUAAAUUGGCUAAAAUUGAUCUGGUUCCAGUCCGGUCUUUUCGAAAAUAUAAGAAUCAAAGAUUGGAUUGGAU